AUGAGCUCAGCCCACGGUGGAAGAGUGCUGACAUGGGGAAGGGGAACUUCUGGUCAAUUGGGCCAUGGGGAGAGUGUUAGCACUUCGCAAGCACACAUAGUGAAAGAAUUGGAAGGUUUCGUUAUCACUCAUGUUUCUGCUGGCUGGAAUCACUCUGGAUUUGUAUCAGAGACUGGUGCCAUUUUCACCUGUGGAGAUGGUUCAUUUGGCCAGCUUGGUCAUGAUGAUUCAAGUUCACAACUUUAUCCUAGACAAGUUUCCUAUUUUGCUUCCAAGCCGGUCCAGCAAGUUGCUUGUGGAAUGCGCCACACAUUGUUGUUGCUCGCAGGUAAUGUGGAGAAGCCGGCUUAUGGAUUUGGGUCCGGAAAGCGUGGCCAGCGGGGUAUUUCUACAGACAAAGUCAAGUUGACUAGUCUUCCUCAGAUUACCUUGGGGUUGGAAAAGAUUAAAAUCAGCAGUAUUCAUGCAAAGGGAGAUCAUAGUUCAGCAUUAUCCGCUGAUGGAAGCCUAUAUACAUGGGGAAGAGGGUUCUGUGGUGCUUUGGACACGUACAUUCCAUGCCUCUCUGAUGUUGAUUUUCCUAUCAGCAAGGUCGCUCUUGGAUGGAAUCAUGCCCUACUAUUGUCAAGACAAGGCUAUUUGUUUAUGCUUGGUGGUGAUUGCCAUGGAGUGCUUAGUGAUCCCCAGCAGACUCCCUCAACAGCUGAUAUACGUGUCAGGAAAAUCCAAGGAUAUCAUCACGCGAAUAAUUGCUGGUCCUACAAAUGUGAAAGUCGUCCAGAUUGCUGCAGGAGCAGAACACUCGGCCUUCAUAACAGAUAGUGGAUCGAUAAUGACAUGGGGUUGGGGAGAACACGGACAACUUGGUUUAGGCAAUACAAUCGACCAAACUGCCCCACAGGUGGUGGGCUUACACCCGAAUUCUGCUUGUGCCAAUGCUACUCCAAGACUCUACUGCGUAAGUGGCUUCUCCUUCGUUUUGAUUACAAGGAUCUGAUAUGAUUUUAAUGGAAAAUUCCAACACCAUUCUUUACUACCA